AACGACUGCUUUAAUGCCUUUAGGGGCGUUUGCAAUCUACUUAAAAAUUUCGAAAGAAAUAAGAAGUGUUAAUCUGUCAGUACCAAAGAGAUAUUGCUAAGGAGGGCCAGCCUCCGCAUAUUCUUUGCACGAAACGAAUUAUAUGGCAUUUCAACUCCUUUCAGAACGUAUAUGCUUGUCCUAGCAUAUCUUCCGUGCUCACAGUGCCCAUUAACUGUCAGAUGUAGAGUCCAGUAAAGUCCCAUGAUGGCUGGUUCUCUUUACUAGUAUCUCCUCGAUGCUUGUCAGUGACGUGUGCCGACAGCGGGGAAUUACCACUCACGAUACUUUGAUGUAUUUUUUUUAUUUAUACAGAUUGACAAGAAUAUUUAGACUCAUUAUUGUGCUUCGGCAAUUUACAUCAUUGUCUAAUAACGAUAGGAAAGUGAAAAAUUGUUAUGACAGCUUGUCGUUCCUUAUCACAUUUAUUUAAUUAAAUGGUUGAAAUUUGUUUUUCUAUAACAUCUUAUUAGUCAACUAUUACAUCGCUUUUGAAUGGUGACACAAAGAACGUAGGACCCUUGUAACUGGACAAACGUAAUGGAUUCAAGCAGUGGAACAGAUCCUUUAAUGGAUCAAACCUCUGAGUCAGAAUAUGCACUACAACUUGCAUUUCAAACAAUGAAAGAACGAUGUCAGCAGUUACAAAAUAGAUUAGCGGUUGUGGAGGAAGAAAAUUUAUGUCUACGUCUAGAAUGUGGCAAGGAUACAUCCACUGCAGUUGUACGUGGCAAUGCAUCCAGCGAAAGGACUGUUGUACAAACUCUACAGGAAAAAGUAGAAGACCUCACGAAACAGAAAUCACAACUUACACAUUAUAUUUUUAUGGUUGCGGCAGAGAACCGCCAACUUUGGAAUAGAUUAACUCGAUUGGCAAAAACUAAUAAAUCAUUAGGGAGACACUUGAAUAAAAUAUCAGAUACAUUGAAGGAACAUCCACCUAUGACACCAUCAGAUGUUUUGUCCUACAGCUUCAGAGAUAUUUCCAGCCUCAUUAAAAAUGAAUCUACAAACUGUCUCCCAUCAACAAACAAUGAAAAUAGACAGCAGAGUUUGGAUGAAAUGUCUUUAAAAAUCCUUAAUAGUUUAAAAUUAAGAAAAUCAGAACUGGAACAACAGUGUGCAGAGAUGGUAGAAAUGCAGAAUAGUUUUGAUUUAAAUUUGCGAAAUGGUGGAUUUACCUACCCUGAAGAUGGAGAUGUAGAUUCCUUACAACAGCUAAAGCAGCAUGACGUAAGGCUAUCUCAAACGAAGGAUGCUCUCCUGGCACAGCAAGCCAAACUUAAAAGUGCUUUGCGGAAUUUGGAGAUUAUGAAGAAAGGUGUUACCUGUAAAAAUUGUCGUGACAAUGCUAGAAAGGAAAUGUGUCAAAUAGGAACACAAUGUGAUUCGGAUGAUAGUUUGAAGGAACACGGCGCUACUCAGACCAGUUUCUUAUUAUCUGGAAAUUCUGAUUUAGCAAGUGGUCAAAAUGUUUCUGACAGCGAUAAGAAGAUAAGCGAAAGAGUUUGCCCCCUUUGCGGAGCAUUAUACGGGAAAUCCACUACAUUUUCGACAUUUCAUGAACAUGUUUUAAAUCAUUUCACGGAGGAGGAGUGGGCGAAUGAAUUUGAAGUCGUACAUUGAAGUAGUAAUGACUUUGUUUAUCAUUGAUGAAAAACAUAAAAGGAAACGAUCAAAUAAUAUUAUUCAUUAUUGUUUGGUAUGGGAGCUCUGUGAGAAAUUCAUCUAUUGCGUACAAUUUGAGUAUUUAGUAAUACUGAGAUCGCCGGGUGUAGUUAUAGUUUAAAGACUGUCGAAAAAUUAUUAUUUAGAAGAGAAUAAAGCGAUUCUAGGUUAUUAGGUAUUAUAAAUACAGUUUAACGCGUGCCUCCCACUUCGUAGCUUAACGGGAACUGAGAGUAGAGGUGCUAUACCGAUUGUAAAUCCGAUCAUUUUAAACAACGGACUUUUGUAGUGGUUAUACUACGUGAAAUUAUUAUGCUACUCUUUAUUUAAUUCGUUAGUCUUUUUACAGAAUGAUCACCAAGGUGAACAUACAAUAUUGCGAAAACGUGUGACAAUGUUAAUAAAACUCGACUUAAUAUUU